AUGAACCAAUGUGUUUUAAUUACAGGUAUUGGAUCUGAAGAAGCAGCCUAUCGCCCAGCUUCGGCUAAGAUUAAUGUGCCACAAGCAGACAUCACAAAUCAUAGCUUUACAAUCAUCAUAUCUUACGACCAUGGGAGCGAAAAUUUGACAGGAGAAGGAAAUCUCCUUCUGAAAGAUGGUAGUGUGAUUCGUUCAUAUUCUGUGGACAAACCAUCAUUGUCAAAAACAUUUGAAGGUUUGACGAUUGGCACUAAGUACAUUGUCGAGGUGCAUACAUAUCGACACGGACAACGCACUGAACUGGACCGAGAAUGGGUUUUCACACAGCCAGGAAUAGAAGCUUAUCUACAGCCGGUGUCGACAGGAAAAGCAGAAUUAAGCUCUACAGCCUUUCGUUGCCAGUUUCAUACUUCACCAGAAGUUGCGUACAGUGUUCGCUGGAUUGUACAGAGAGAUGAAAGAAACUACACAAUAUUUAAGAUUGGUGAAGAGAAACAUGAAUUAUACGGUCUGUCUUUAACAGAGGAGGAUCUUGUGAAAAGUCAUAUCUCCUUACCAUUCCAUGUUUCGUGCGCUGUAGCCGAAAAUCAAGAUACAACGCCGAAAGCAAGUUUCUCUGUAUCGUCCAACAUUAUAUCUGCUGGUAUCAAGAUAUUGACACCACAAGUGAAUAUGCGUAGGGACGAAACUGCCAUCAUUCGAUUUUCACCAACAGUUCCAAUUGGCUGUUACAGCUCGCAUAUGGCUGCUAACGACUGCAAGUUAACAUUGGCUAUUUCGAUACCCGUCAGUAAAAAUUGUACAGGUAUUUCAACAAAAAAAUGUACUAUCAGUAUAUCGGGGGACGAAGGUAUCGAGCAUGAUCUUCAAAUACAAGCCACUGAAGACGGCCAAUACGGCAUGCUGGAGGAGAUAACAUAUAAAGUCAUUUUGAGAACGGCCAACCUCAAAAAUGAUACAAUAUGGAAUGGUUACAUCAUACCUGCUGUAACGGUAAAUGUUAAACCAGAAAUUGAAACCUACUGGAGAGGUAAAAGAUGUGAAGCAUUGAAUGAACCACAUAUGUAUACAUUCGACGACGUACAGUACGAGCAUCACGAAAGUUUCUCAGAUGAGUAUGUACUCUAUACCCACACAUCUUACCAAGCAAAGGUUCAUCAUAAAUUGGAACGCUGUAACUCGAACGCAAUGUGUAACUGUGGAAUUGCAGUGCUGGCAGGUAGAGAUAUUUACGUAAUAAGCACAUGCAAUAAUAUCAUGGAAAUCGGAUACAAACAAUGUGAUGAUGGCGUCCUUCUUGUUAGACAAGAAACAGACUCUACAUAUACGAUUUAUUUACCAUUUGGAACAUACGUAAAAGCCCGCCUCGACAAAUCUCCAUAUUUCAACUCAGUUGGAACCAUGAUAGUUUCGGUGUCCUUGUAUCCUUCCGUUCACGAUCAGCAUAGCCGUAGUAGAGGGUUGUGUGGUUCACUUGAUAACAACCGUACAAAUGACUUUCACGACCGCACCGGACAAAUCAGCUUGAACAGAACUGAGUUUAUUCAAACAUGGAAAGUUUCAAAAGAAGAAAGCUUAUUCAAGACAAGUUCUAAAUCAACAGUCCCAUGGGUGCAUCCUGCUUGCACAUGUAGUGUAUCCAGUGGACACGUUACAACCAAGGAUAAAUGUCACCUAGGAGCAGACAACACAUGUGCAAAAGGAAGAACGGUCGGGAAACAGACAUGCGAACUCGCUGAACAGAAAUCUAUCAAGAGUUCUGAGAUGCAAACUGUUCCAGUUUUAGAUCUGAGCAAAGAUGGCAAUCAUAAAGAUGGCGUAACUACCUUGAAAGGACCCGAAGUGACUAAUACGAAGCCCACAACAAAGAAAGAAGCACAAGUUUCACAGACAACAACAUCUACCCCAAGCGAACACUGGGAUCACAAUAAAGCUAAAUCGUUUUGUACAAAUUAUGAAUAGUUCAAGCGUAUUUCGACUUUGUGCACGGGUUCCCCACACAGACACCGGGCGGGCUAUUGAAACAUGUACACAGGAUAUUGUUAUAACACAGACAACGGAGUGGCGCAGGCUAUCACUACAAUCUAUGCAAGACUCAUGUAUAUCUGAAAUACAUAGAAACAAAACAGUCCGAGAAGAUUUAGAACGCCCAAGGGAAACGAUUUCCACAACAACGAC